AUGUACCAGCUUAUAGUGGUGGGUGGACUACAAUGUACAUUUCCCAAUGUGGAAACCCUUCUAAGAAUCUUUCUCACCAUUCCUAUAUCAAACGCAACUGGAGAACGGUCAUUUUCUGUGUUGAAAAGGAUCAAGAAUUACUUGCGGAAUUCCAUCAGCCAAUGUAAGCUGGGAGAUUUGUCUAUUUUAUGCAUUGAAUCAAAGGAGACAUUAGAAUACGAUUUCAAUGCGCACAUUGACUCCUUCGCGAAAUUGAAGAGCAGGAAAAAAGUUAUAUAA